GUCACUGAGAACGGACGCGUGUACCACACCUCUCCUCGCUCUCGGCUCAACAUCUCCCCCCCCCCCAUCCCAACUGGUAUAUCUUACCCCCAGCGGCCCGGUGUGCGAGCUUCAACAGUGUCUGCGUCAACUAGUGGUGUGGCGACGUGGAUCAACCAUCACUAUGAAGAAAGUGUCGGCCCUGGCCCACCCCUGGACUUGUAUGGGUAGUGCAAAAGAGGGAUUGUGUGUCACAAGAUGAUUCGCAUGUAGUGAUGCCGGGAUGUUUCCACAAAUCACUAGUUUACACACGCGUUCACACCCUUACUCUCCCAGGAUGGUGAUCAGAAGAUAUAAAGCAUGUCUGAACCUUUCCCUGGGGUUGCUGAUCACUUGGCUGCAUUCUAUCGCGGGAUAAGUUCGUACAAAAAAGUGUACUGGAACUGAAAAUAUUUCGUCCGAUGACCAAUAAAAUUUACUGCCCACUAAUGCUUCACGAAUAUUGUCAAAUAAAGUAAUGAACAAGAUGAUUCUUUCAUAUAUUGCUGUUACAUAAUGUAAUUGAAAACCUAAACCAAGAGAUUGAUUGAACAAAUUGGUGCUUGAAAAAGUGAUAGGCAUAUAUUAUAAAAUAGAAAAAAAUUAAAUCAUACCCUGAUACAUACAAAUUUGUGACUUGUACAUUUGGUCUUUACAUAUAACAUCAAAAAGUGUUAUUAACAUGGAUGUAAUUAGUUAUCAGCAGGAAGAUUACAAUAAGUGUUUUACCCGUGUAUGUAAAAAAAAGUGUGUUGUUUGUGUGUGGCCUCGACAAAAUCCCUGUAACUGCCGGUUAAAAAAACAUUAAGAAAUAAUUGUGCCAGACGAAGAAAAGGAGAAUUUUCUUGCUCAUCUUGACAUAGAGUAUAAAUGAAAGUGGUGGGAUCUGGUAGUGUGGUGAAGUCGCUCCCAGCACUAAAUGUUCCCGAGUUUUUAUCUGACUGGUGAUCCAGGCAAUAAAAAGUUAUUUGUUUUUCUUAUGUCUAGAUUGCUGUGUUGCAAUCAAUAAACAAACGCAAGAGAAAACAAAUAAUAUUCAAAAAUUAGGAAAUACGAUGUUUUGCAAAGAAUUUCAUUCAAUCUUGACCAAGAGAAACUAUUCUCAGUAAAUAAACUUUUUUGCCCAAACAUUUACCCGUAAAUUAGUAAUAUCGCACAAUACCCAGAAGAAAAGGAAGGAAAAAUAAAACAUUAAAUGUGAGCACAACAAGAAGAUACGGACACAAUGAACCAUGUAUCCCCUGUGGAUUACUUUACUCAGAUACUUUCGCUAGUAUAAAGUUAAGUAUGUAGACAUCUCCUGUACAUUGGUCCAAGGGUGACUAAAUUUUCCGCUACCCUCUCCUAGUCCUCACCACGUCUGACCCCUCAACUCAUCUGACCCUCACCAAGCCUGGCCCUUACCUGUCUAGCCCUUAACUGCCUGGCCUUUACUAGCCUGGCCUCUAACCACGCUUGACCUCUCAUCACGUCUGGCCUCUCACCACACCUGACCUCUCGUCACGUCUGGCCUAUCACGAAGCUUGGCUCUUAUCACGUCUGGCCUUCACCAAACCUGGCCUCUUACUACGCCCGACCCUCAUCACGGCUGAUCUUUGAUAACAAAGGCUGGCACCACAUCUUGUCUCUCACCACCUCCUCCUCCUCCCCAUUCUUCUCUAUCUCUGAAUACUUAAACCAGCACCAGGUCUUUACACUUUGGAUUCUUCUUAACCCAACGACUGGUAACCAGAGGUAGAUAUUCUCAACCAACCAUGGAUGGGUUGACCGUCAAUUUGACAGCUGAGGUAGAGGAUUCUGCCGGUUUCCGGGAUUAUGGGGAAGCUUACGACCAAGAAGUUGAAGGUUUUGACAGCAAUGCUUCCCUGGCGCUCGUCAAUGACACUUUCAAUGGGACCUACUGGGUGUACCCGUGGGGCAACUCAAUGUACCCCUCAGGUUACAGCACUCUCGAGAUAGUAAUCAUCACUGUCAUCAUCACUGUGGCCAUGAUCGUGGUAGUGGUCGGCAACAUGUUGGUUAUCAUCGCUAUUGCCACAGAGAAAGCUCUUAAGAACAUCACGAAUUGGUUUAUAGCCUCCUUGGCAGUGUCGGAUUUCCUGUUAGGUCUCGUCAUCAUGCCCUUCAGUCUCGCUAACCUCCUGAUGGGGUACUGGAUGUUUGGGGACCUCUGGUGUGAGCUACAUGCCGCCAUUGACGUCCUUUUAUCCACAGCUUCCAUAAAUAACAUCUGCCUCAUCUCGCUAGACCGCUAUUGGAGCAUCACACACGCAGUAGCCUACCUAAAGAAGAGAACACCUGAACGCGCAGCUAUCAUGAUCGUGGCGGUGUGGCUCUUCUCCGGCCUGGUCUCUAUCCCGCCAUUACUGGGCUGGAAAGAAGUACGAGACCCAGAGGACUUCCCCAGAUGCACGAUAUGA